AUGGCAAAGAGAAAGACCACAACGAAAAAGACCAGGCAGGCCGCCCACCCCAGCAGCAAGCAUGCCUCAACCUCCCCCUCCGUUGUCUCCUCGCCAUCGCCGCAACCGCAAGAUCUAAUCCAACGACGCCGCAAGGGCACCCCCGUCCGUUCUCCCUCCCAGGGUGACCCCUCCAAGGGCAUCGUCUUUGCUUUUCGCAUCCAGAACGAUUCUGAUCUCUCCAUGGCAGUUGACAUUCUCAGUUAUGACCAGGUUCAGGAGGAAGACAAUUCCGUCAGCAGCAGCAGCAGCAGCAAUAGCACAGGAAAUACGGGGCAAGUACCAGUAACGGCAGCGGUAGCAGCCACAGCCACAGAAACAUCAACUGGAGCAACGACAAUAGCAGUAGCAACCGAGCCUUGUGAACACAAGGGCCACUCAUCCCCAGCAGCAGCAGCAUCCACGCCACUGAUGCCAACCCAGCUCAAGGUUGCCGGAGAGCAAUGGUCAAGCGAUCCAAGUUCAUACAUGAGCAGCAACGUCGUUGACCUGAGCCGAAACGUCCUGAUUCUGCAUUCACGCAAACCUCAAGAGUCGUCCGUCUCCUCGCCGUCCUCGCCAUUGUUCCAUCCCUACCGUCGGCCGUCAGCGCCCUCAAGAUCAUCGUCCAUGUCACAGCCCUCGACUCCCUCGCUGAGUGAUUCCGGCUCCUUGUCCUCAUCAGCUUCGUCUGCCUCGUCCUCGCCCUCAAGUACUCCAGGUUCUCCCACCCUGUGUCACUCGCCCCCUGGAGGGGGAGUCAGCGAAAAGGAGGAUCUCUGCAGUCUUGAAUCGCUCUCAUCGCCCAUUUCACCCUUGGACCUCAUGAGGUCACAGCCCUCUCGUAUGCUGAGUGUCCGAGGUCUGGGUGCUGGAGGAAGAAGAAUGCAGGUCUAUCUCGUAUGA